AAACCUUGAUCAAAGUAAAUGACAGAUUCCGCUCCGUCUCCAGCAACUUCCGACAAUGAUACAACGCCGACGACGACGACCACAUCGCCUCCUCCGACCUCUUCUGAUGCGGUUCCAUCGCCUCCGGAGGAGGAGCCGGUGAAUCCCAGUUCCCCUCCGCCGGCGUCGCCUUCGGACUCUCCAUCGCCGCCUGCGACCACAGCUGUCCAAGCUCCGCCUCCUGCCACCCAGCCUCCUCCAGCACAGCCAACGGCGACGCCGACGAAUUCCAGCCUAAACGCUCCCACUCAUCCGUCAAACACCGUCGCCUCGCCUCCGCCCCCCGACGGAAAUAUCCCCUUAAACCCGCAGUCGACUAAUCAACCGACGACGACCCCUCCUCCUCCUCCUCCUCCUCAUCCCCUGCCUCUGCCAGAUGAGAAAUCGUCGGCCAACGCGUUUCCGCCUCCGACGACAUUGCCUCCGCCGUCUCCUCCUGCGGCUCCGAAGAGCCCCCCGACGACACCUCGGCCGUCGACGGCGACGGCGAAUGCUACUCCAAUUCCUAGUCCUCCGACCGGCAUUUCUCCUCCGGCGAACGCGAUGCCCACGCCUCCGACCCCGCCUGGCACUCCUCUGCCUCCUCCCUCGACGGUUACUGGCCAACAGAGAACCAGCACCGACAGUGUGAGCUAUCACUCAUCGAGAAGCGCUGCCCCUGAGACGGUCGAUUCAUCGAGGCGCACCGAAACCGACGUUUUCGUCGUCGGAAUCACCGUGGCCGGAGUGCUCGCGGUCCUCGCCUUAGUGUUCGUGGCUUUGAGGCGGAAGAAGAGAAGGCGGCCGGGAACUGGAGGGCGAUACAGGCAAACCCCCAACGCCGAAACUUCUCCCGGCGACAUGAUUCAGAGUUCCCACAGAGGGCCGGCGAACUCGUACGGGAUCUACGUCGCAGACUCAAUCGACGCCGGCGGAUCCAAAGCCUGCUUCGGAUACGAGGAGCUGACGCGGAUAACGAACGGGUUUGCCCAGGAGAACCUGAUCGGGCAGGGAGGGUUCGGGUCGGUGUACAAGGGGGCGUUAGUGGACGGGCGGCAGGUGGCGGUGAAACAGCUGAAAGACGGGAGCGGGCAGGGGGAAAGGGAGUUCCGGGCAGAGGUCGAGAUCAUCAGCAGAGUGCAUCACCGCCACCUGGUGUCGCUGGUCGGUUACUGCGUCGCGGAGCAUCACCGCCUGCUGGUGUACGAGUUUGUGUCGAACGACACUCUGGACCAUCAUCUACACGGGAAGGAUAUUCCUGUGUUGGAUUGGUCCAAGAGAAUGAAAAUUGCUAUAGGCUCUGCUCGUGGAUUAUCAUAUUUGCACGAAGAUUGUCAUCCUCGAAUUAUUCACAGGGAUAUCAAGUCCGCUAAUAUACUUUUGGAUGAAUCCUUUGAAGCACAGGUUGCAGAUUUUGGGCUAGCAAAGCUAGCAAAUGACACCAAUACUCAUGUGUCGACUAGGGUUAUGGGAACAUUUGGAUACUUAGCGCCCGAAUAUGCAUCGAGCGGGAAAUUAACGGAUAGAAGCGAUGUGUACUCAUUUGGAGUGGUGCUUCUGGAACUCAUAACCGGGCGAAAGCCCGUGGAUAUAUCGUUACCUCUAGGGGACGAGAGUUUAGUCGAAUGGGCUCGGCCCCGUUUGAUUCACGCUUUAGAGAGCGGUGAGCUUGAGACGCUAGUAGAUCCAAAGCUCGGGAACAACUUUUCGAAAAGCGAUAUGCUAUGCAUGAUCGAAGCCGCGGCUGCUUGUGUUCGCCACUCGGCUCCCAAGCGCCCGCGCAUGGUUCAGGUGCUGAGAGCACUGGACAGUGAUGGGAACAUGGCUGAUCUCUCCAAUGGAGUGAAGUUUGGGCAGAGCAUUGUGUAUGAUUCCGCACAAUAUCAAUCUGCGGACAUCCAAAGGAUGAGGAAGAUGGCAUUUGAGAGUGAUAGUUUCAGCAUCGAUUGUGAUAAUAAUUCUUCCUCGGAGCAUUUGAAUCCAAACAGGAGCUCGAAUUACAGCAGCAGUUAAUUGUUCAUCAACGUUAAUCGUUAGAUUAGCAGAGGAAGCUGGACCUGUUAUAUUAUCAUUAAUCAUUUGAUUUCUGUACAGAAAGGUAUAUUGGAUGAGUCUAUGUGUAUAUGACUUCGUGAGGAAUUAUGCG